CUUCCCGACAGGCCUUGCGGCGGCCGCCAACCGCCUGAUUUGAAUCGCGGCGCGGCCGGGGGAGGCGGUGAGAUGGGUGCCCCGUCGUUGCCCGAGGCCUGGCAGCUCUACCUCAAGGACCACCGCAUCUCCACGUUCAAGAACUGGCCCUUCCUGGAGGGCUGCGCCUGCACCCCGGAACGGAUGGCGGCCGCCGGCUUCAUCCACUGCCCCACCGACAACGAGCCCGACCUGGCCCAGUGCUUCUUCUGCUUCAAGGAGCUGGAGGGCUGGGAGCCCGACGACGACCCCAUGGAGGAGCACAGGAAGCACUCGGCGGGCUGCGCCUUCCUUUCCGUCAAGAAGCAGUUUGAAGAGCUGACCCUCGCGGAAUUUUUGAAACUGGACAAGGAAAGAGCCAAGAACAAAGUGGCAAAGGAAGCCAACAAUAAGCAGAAAGAAUUUGAAGAAAUCGCAAAGAAAGUCCGCGCCGCCAUUGAGCAGCUGGCCGCCGCGGAGUGACGCCCGCCGCUCCGGAGGACGGCCCUCCAGGCUCGGACCCAGGGCCCUGGGCGUGGCAGAGGCUGGGCGUGGAGGGCACGGCCCUGAGGAGGACUUAGCCUGCGCGCUGGCCGGCACAGUGGC